AUGGCCGACACCGCUGCUCCUUCUGCGACCGACGCCGCUCAAAAGGGUCGACCUGAAAAGCCUGACGAGGCCAAAUUCAAAGCCGAUCUAGCCAAAGCCGAGAAAGAACACGAGGCUGCCCAGGCUCGCUUCAAUGCUAGCCGCACCAAACUCGACAGUGCUCGCCCUGGAAAGUCCACGCCUGCAAAUGAUCGAUUCAAGGCCUUGGUUGAUGACCAAAAGGCCAUUCGCCUCCAGCAACAGGAAAACAAGAAUGCGAAAAAGGAGCAGCAGGAUAAAUUCACCAAGAAUGACAAUGAGAUCAAAAAACUCAUUGCCGAGCAAAAGGAAACUCGUUCCCGUCUCAACUUCCGAAAUGUCGAUGAGCUGGAGGCGAAGGUCGCAAGCAUCGACCGCCAAAUCGAGUCUGGUUCGCUGAAAGUCGUCGACGAGAAGAAGGCUUUGGCUGAGAUCCGAGAAAUCAGAAAGCAGAAGCCAAAGUUCGCCGAGGUCGAGCAACUACAGAAGGACAUUGACGCAAAGAAGGCUGAAAAUGCCGAGCUCAAAAAGACUUUCGACAACCCCGAAUCCCGCGCUUUGGCCCAGAAGUACGAAGACAAUCAGAAGGAAUUGGAUGACAUCAAAGCGGCUCGCGAAGAUACCAACAAGAAUUAUGACACUUUGAAGGCCGAACGCGAGAAGCUCUAUCAAGAGCAGCAAGUCACCUACGCCAAUAUCCGAAAGGUCAAGGACGACUACUACACUGCAAAGAAGGCCUACAAGGAACACGAGGAUCAAAUCUACCAGCAACGUCGUGAACGUCAAAAGGCUGAGCGCGAUGCCUAUGAGAAGGAGAAGCGUCGCCGCGUUGCUGACCAGAAAUUGGAAGAGGCCAGUGAGCCGGCUUUCCUCGAGCAAAUCCGUACUGCUGAAGGUCUCAUCCGCUACUUCGACCCUUCUUACAGCACCGGUGAAGACGACAAAGGACCAGGUGAAUUUGCCGCAAGCGCCCAACGUACCAUCGAUGACUCCGGCUUCAAGGGCAUGAAGGUUGUCAAGAAGGAAGAUGAGGAUUUCUUCGUCGGCAGUGGAGGCAAGAAAAAGGGCGCCAAGGGCAAGAAGACCGGUGCUUCUUCGGCCGAGGCUGGUAAAUUCAACUUGAACAUUGGUAUCAUCGAAGAAUUGGCCCGUGUAGGAGUGGAUCCUCCCAGCACUCAAGCCGAUGCUCCAAGUGUUGUGGAGAAACUGAAGGCCAAGGUCGAGACGUGGAAGAAGGACCAAGACAGCCAGACUCAGAAGAACAUCGAGAAAGCCAAGAAGGAAAUCGAGAAACUGGAGAAAGAGGCUGACGAUGCUGCUGCUGCUGCUGCUGCUGCUCCCAGCACCUCUGGCCGCCGCACUCACCAAGCCAAGAAGCCCGCCUUGAAGGAAACCGCCCUCAACGGUGGCCCAACCGCAGAUGCUGAAGAAGCGGCCGAGAAAGGCGGCCUUGCCGAUGCCACCAAAGACCUAAAGGAAGCCAGCCUCGAAGAUAAAGAGAACGGGGCCGUUGCAACUGCCUGA